UAUUUAUGCCGCACACCGACCUCGACGCGCCCAAGCCAAGCCAAGCCAAGCUACGCAACGCAACACGCCCCAGUGAUCAGUGCGUCGCUUUCUCCCUUUGGCACCCUGCGCUCGUUCGUGCUGCUGCUGAGCUCGUAGUCAGUAGUCACUCACAGUACCCCCCGGCCUGCUGCUAAAAGGGGAGGAGGAUCCCUGGCAGUCAAUUGCCCUGAUCCGGGGGGUUAUUAAGGGGAAGGAGUGAGGAGAGAGGUUGGAGUCGUUUGAAGUGCGGUGGUGGGAGUGGGAGAGCAAGCAAGAAGAUCAUCAACCGAGAGCGAGGAGUGGUCGGUGCUCGGGGCCUGGGCCGGGCGAUGGGGCGAUCGCCGUGCUGCGACAAGGAGGGGCUGAAGAAGGGGCCGUGGACGCCGGAGGAGGACCAGAAGCUGCUCGCCUACAUUGAGCAGCACGGCCACGGCUGCUGGCGCUCGCUGCCCGCCAAAGCCGGGCUGCAGCGGUGCGGCAAGAGCUGCCGGCUCCGGUGGACCAACUACCUCCGGCCGGACAUCAAGCGGGGCAAGUUCAGCCUGCAGGAGGAGCAGACCAUCAUCCAGCUCCACGCGCUGCUCGGCAACAGGUGGUCGGCGAUCGCGACGCACCUGCCAAAGCGCACGGACAACGAGAUCAAGAACUACUGGAACACGCACCUCAAGAAGCGGCUGGCCAAGAUGGGCAUCGACCCGGUCACGCACAAGCCGCGGUCUGACGCGCUCGGCGCCGGCGGCGCGGGCGGUGCCGCUGCGGGCGCGCAGCACGCCAAGGCCGCGGCGCACCUCAGCCACACAGCGCAGUGGGAGAGCGCGCGGCUAGAGGCCGAGGCGCGCCUCGCGCGCGAGGCCAGGCUGCGCGCGCUCGCUGCCUCCGCGUCCGUCUCGGCGCCGGCCCCCUCCUCCGCGGCGCACGGGCUUGAGUCGCCCACGUCCACGCUGAGCUUCUCCGAGAGCGCGGCGCUCGCCUCGGUGCUGGAAGCGCACGGUGCGGCGGCGGCGGCGGCGGCAGCUCGCGCCGCCAUGCAGCCCAUGCAGGCGUACGAGGAGGCGUGCAAGGAGCAUGAGCAGCAGCAGCAGCAGCUGUGGGGUGAUCACGUGGUCCAUGCAGCCGACGCGGCCUUCUCCGGGGCGGGGUUCACGGGCCUCCUUCUCGAAGGCGCCUUGAACCAGCUCCAGCAGGACCUGAGGCCGGCGGCCAGGCACGGCGCGGGCGACGACGCCGGGCUGCAAGAGACGGAGGAGGAGAAGAACUAUUGGGACAGCAUACUGAACCUGGUAAACUCGUCGUCGGUGUCGCAGCCGACGUCCGUCGCGGCGCCCACGCCCGAGGCGUACUCGUCGUCGGCGUCGUUGACGACGUCAGUAGUGGUGCCCACGCCCGAGGCGUACUCGUCGUCGACGUCGUUGACGACCUCAAUCGCGGUGCCCCCGCCCGAGGCGUACUCGCCGGCGCCGGAGUUCUGACUUGUGGGCCCUGCACAUGCUCGCCUGCAUGCAGCCGGGCGAAUGACACAGUAAAUAGCUAGUGGGGGAUUUCGAAGUAAUAAGACUAAUGUUGAUUGUUAAAUCGCGUUGUUGGGUUAAUCUGACAGUACCCGGAUCAAACCUGUGAGAAAGAUGGUUUUGAACCGAAUUUAGAGUCUGUCAUUACUCGUUCAGUUGGUCAAGUUUCUUGUAGACUGUAGAACAGUGACAAGAGGUGUAGAACGUCUCAUCUUUGCUCUGUAAUUCGACAACCAUCUUCAUCAGCAAUAUAGUAGAGAUAUCGAAAUGGGAAGAACUCUUUUUAUUUUGUUGGAAUUCAUUUGUAUUUGAGGAUC